UCGAGAACUGUGGACGGGUGAUGACGUGCGCGUGAACGCUGACGGUUCUUUUUUUCUCUGUACACACAUUUCUUUUUUUCACACCACCUUUCGGCUCAGGAGGAACUUGCGUGAAGGCGAUUCCCGAGCAGAGAACGAGAGGGGUCGAUAAGUGCCGCAGCUGUGUGUGUUCUGCGUGUGAGUGGGUGGCAGAGAGCGAGCGAGAGAGAGAGAGAGACUUUCCUCAAUGGGCCACGAUAUCAGGGGGUAGCUGAGUAUCAAUCGUUGUGUGCCAAGUGCCUUGUGACUGAGGGGAUUCGGACUCGCGGAAGACUCUUUAUGCCGACAGAAUGGCAGCGAUAGUGUUCAUCUCACGGGCAGCGCUCUGGACGUCGUCCUGGAUUCUCCUCCUCUGCCUGGCGCUGCCGGCGCGCGCCGCGCCGUCUCUCAACACGGGCGUCUGUGCCGCCGUGACGCACUUCUUCGAGGCCAAGGGGCUCCGGAUAAACCCCAACGAGAUCCCCAAGGAGCCAAUCAAAGAUUUGCCCCUGAAGUACUGCUCAGUUCCUGUCGCGGGCACGUGUUGCUCCUACAACAUGGAGACGCGCCUGGCCGACGUUUCCAGGCUGCACAUGGAGAGACAGACCAAAGAGUUAAUUGGCAAAUUAGCCUCAGUGCUGCACAGCCGCGCGCAGAAGUUCAAUGAUUACUUCAAAGACCUGCUGUCGGAGUCGAAGAAGGAGUUCCACGCCAUGUUCAAGAGGACCUACGGUGCCAUUUACGAGCAGAACUCGUACGUGUUCUCCGACCUGUUCACGGAGCUCGAGGGCUACUACGCCAGGGGGAAGGUGGACCUGUCCGAGGCCAUGGACUCCUUCUUCAACACCCUCUACCAGAAGAUGUUCACCGUCCUCAACUCGCAGUUCACCUUCGACGACAAAUACUUGGGCUGUGUCAGUGAACAUAUGAAGCAGCUGAAGCCGUUCGGCGAUGUGCCCGAUAAGUUGUCCGUGCAGAUCAAGCGCUCCUUCGUGGCGACGCGAACCUACGCUCAAUCGCUGGCCACGGCGGCCGACAUCGUGAAGAACAUGAUGAAUAUCAAGCCGCAUGCGGAGUGCGUGAUGGCGCUCACGAAGAUGCAGUGCAACGUGUGCAGCGGCCAGACGGCCAAACCCUGCGCCAAUUACUGCGUGAACGUGAUGAAGGGCUGUCUGCAGCAUCACAUGGAGAUGGACCACGAGUGGGACAACUUCCUCACAUCCAUGGAGAAGCUGUCAGAUCGCCUGCUCGGCCCGUUCAACGUCGUGAUGGUCGUGGAGCCGAUCAACAUCAAAAUCUCCGAGGCGAUCAUGAACUUCCAGGAGACGAACAAGGAUAUCUCGAACCAGGUGUUCCAGGGCUGUGGGCGACCGAUGCUGGGCCGAAAGCGACGCCAGGUCACCGACCCGGAGGGCUUCACAUUCGACGAUGAGGAGACAACGCGACAGAGCCGCUCGGCUGAGCCGACGAGCCAAGAAUUGAGCAAGUUCGAGCCGUUGCGUUUUAGCAACAGCGACAAUUACAGCGAGAACGGCCGCAAGGGGAAGAAGAACAAGAACCGCAACAAGGCCAGGAAGGGCGACAACUACGACGACGACUACAGCAAGGAGCCCGUGCUGGACAAGCUGAUCAAAGACAUCCGGCAGAAGGUGAAGGACACCAAGAACUUCUGGUCCAAUCUGCCCUACCAAAUCUGCAAUAAUGAAGACUUGGCUGCGGCGCCCUCGAUGGAGGACUACUGUUGGAACGGGCAUGCUGUCGACAGGUAUCUUCAUCCGGUGAUCUCAGACAACAAGCAGAAUCCGGAGUUUCCCGGCAACACGCCUGCGCGCCGGGGCGCAAUCCUGGACGCCCAGCUUUACAACUUGAGGACGUCAAUUAGUCAACUGAAGAACGCUUACAACGGUCUCGACGUGGAGUGGAGCGAUCAGGAAGAGGGCGAAUACGGCAGCGGCUCUGGCAGCGGCGUGGACGACGACGAGGACUCCGGCGGCUCUGGGAUGGGCGGCUAUGACUUCGAGGCGCACAUUCCGCCGCACAUCACGCACAAUGAGAUCUCGCCGGGACGCGAUUCGCUGCCCGGCAAUGCGUCGCAUCCUGCCGGCGGGCGCGACGAGCUACCGUCGCCGCCGCGGACGGGCGACGAUGAUGCGCCCGAGGACACGCACUUCAACGAGCUGGAGCCAAAGGGCGGCACGGAGAGCGGCGCCACGCGUAUCCCCGAGAUGUCCAUCGGGCGCGCGCUGGUCACGUACAUGUUCCCCAUCUUUAUGGCCUGGUUCGGAGGCAUGUUCGCCGAAUUGCUGUGAUAAACUUUAUUAUUUUUAUUUUGAUACACUCGAUAGGCGUUUUUAUUUUAAUGAAAUUCGCGGGCGGAAGUGAAGUCGCGGCCGCCCGGAAAGUGUGUGUGCGGCCAGUGGAUGUGGAGAGUGUGACGUUGUUGUUUGUUUAUUGGACCUCGUGUUGGAGAGUGACGAACGAGGUUGCGGAGCAUAAAUUUAUUGUAAUGUAUAAAAGGCACACACCCUCUGUCAACGGAAACCAAUUGUGGCACAGAAGAAGCACACACUCUUGGAUGUUCUCAGUGUUUAAAGUGCGCGCGCCAAGAGAGGAAGAGAAUAAAAACUAUGAUUUUUGUGUUGUUGUAUGAGUGUGAGAUAAAGAUACAAUUUUAAUAGGAAAUAAAUUUUUACAAUUAUUUAAUUUUUAAAUUAUGAAUUUAUUUAUAACAUUUAAAACGGAAAUGUGCGCUAGUUUGAUUGUAGGAAACAAAAAAAAUACACACAAUUCAAAUUUUCAUUCACUGUAAUUUUAGCCAAGAUGAGAUACAAAGAGAUGAACAAAAAUUGGGCGGUCGAUAGUGAGUUGUUGCAGAAUAUAACUUCUGCGACACCUUCUCCGAGACACGCUGUAGAAACUGUGCCAGAAAGAAAUGAUGCACUCUUAAUUUAUAAGGGAGAAAAGAGCCCAUAGAAUUGUCCAUCAAAUGUAAUUGUUCAAAAUGUGUCAUUUUAAAGGAUAAUUAAUUAAUUCACUUAUUAAUACUUAAUGUCUGUAACACUGCUUAUCCGUUUUAUACUUCUCACCCUGACACGUUCGGGGCGAUUAACGCUUAAUUUCCUUUUUUUUUUUACUACACAGAGAAAAGCAUGAGAACAAGCAAAGUGUAAAUAAUCUCGUGAAUACGUACAGGGAAGUGCAAAAUGGGAGGGAAAAUCAUUACUAUUAUAGAAUGUAUUUAGGUGAAUUCAAUGGCACAAUUCAAGUCCUUUUCGAGCAAAGACCUUUUCUCAAAAUUUAUAUCUUUCCAUUUUAAUGUCAUUGUCAUUUUAUUAAAACCAACUAUUUAAGUAGAUGAAGAGAGAGAGAAAAAGAGCAAAGGGAGAUGAUGAAAUUUAAUGUGAUUGAAAACUCUUUUUUAAAUGAUUUAACACACUUUUAGUGAAAGAAUUAUGAUGAUGAAUCGUGAAAAAAGAUAGACUGUACACUAAUCUUAGCGAGUAUUUUUUAUUAUUAUUAUUUUCGUGUAAAAAGAAGAGAAAAAAAUCCCAAUGAGUUUUAUCGAAGAAAAAAAAGGAAAGUGAAGAGAAAUUGAUUUUUCGUCUCAAUUGUUUGCAAAAACAAGUUGCAUUUUCGGGAGCAGAGCAAUAUUGAGAGAUCAAAGUCUUUCUUCCUCAGCCUCAUGGCCGUGAGGAUUUUGUGGGAGUUUCUAAAGAUGGUUUUCAAAGUCAAAGAACGUAAAAUAAAUUCGACAAAUGCGACUCAGUCAAGAGUCUCAAGUUGAUAUUUUAGAUGAGAGA